GCCGCGUCUGCAGCAUCCCCUCCCCAAGCGCGGCCUCCUCCCGCAGGUCGGGAUCAUCUUGCACUACUCGUCGCUCUCCACGCUGCUCUGGAUGGCGGUGAAAGCCCGGGUGCUCUACAAGGAGGUGACCUGGAAGGCGCCGCAGCAGCCGGACAGGGACACGGCGCAGGCAGCCCCCAGACCCAUGCUGCGGUUCUACCUGAUCGCCGGCGGGAUCCCCCUCAUCAUCUGUGGGAUCACAGCAGCUGUCAACAUCCAAAACUACCACGACAACAACCCCUACUGCUGGCUGGUGUGGCGGCCCAGCCUGGGCGCUUUCUAUGUCCCCGUGACUUUCAUCCUGCUCGUCACCUGGAUUUAUUUCCUCUGUGCCGGGCUCAGCCUCCAGUGCCGACCCUCGCAGCAGAAAGCCAUCCCGGAGCCGCUGGAGCCACCGCCACGGCUGGGGGGUACCAGCGACCUCCUGACAGACUCUGGGUCCGUCUCGGUGACGCUGAACUCGGGGCCGGCGUGUCCCGAGGGGGACGGUGUCCACUCCCUGCGGGUGCAGUUCUGGGCGCUGCUGGCCACCCACGGCCUGUACGUGGCCCUGUGGGCGUUCGGCGCCAUGGCCGUGUCCCAGCGCUGGUACCUGAACAUCGUCUUCAGCUGCCUCUACGGCGUCACCGCCGUGGCGCUGGGGCUCUUCAUCUUCGUCCAUCACUGCCUCCGGCGGCGGGACGUGCUCAGCUCCUGGUUCUCCUGCUGCCCGUCGUACCGGAACGCGCUGCCCAUGCAGGCCUACGUGCACCCGGG